AUGAGGAGAAAUUCUCUCGUGCAGACCUUCAUUACUAUAUUCAGAAAUAAUCAUGUAAACAUGCUGAUCACAUCAUGCAUAAUUCUGAUGGCUCUCUACCUCACCGUCUUGGCUGCAUUUGGACGAAAUUUUAUUCAUCCUUUCACUGGCUCAAAUUCAACUCGAUCCGUACCACCAGCUGAUUCUGCUGCCCUCAUCACUUCCGCGUUCUCAAUUUUAUUCCUUCUCAUCACGUCACUUUGCGUUGGAAGAGUGUUCCACUACACUUCUCUUCCACCUUUGCUCGGUAGGUUCCUCUAA